AUGGAGACUCCCACUGGCAAGGUGCAACCCAGGCUAGCCCCAGCAAGUAUCGUACAGUCCAGUGAGUCUCAGCAGAAGAAGAAGGAGCCCGUUCGUGAUUAUUCAUCUAUUCCUUUUCCGGGCAGAUUCAAGAGAGAGAAGGAAGCGGAGCAGUUCUCUAGAUUCUUAGGUUUGUUUAAGCAGCUCCAUAUUAAUCUUCCUUUCGUAGAGGCUCUAGCGCAUAUGCCUAAGUAUGACAAAUUCUUAAAGGGCAUUCUUAGUAAUAAGAAGAAGUUGGAGGAGUUAUCACAUGUGUCCUUGAGUGAGGAGUGCUCGGCAGUUCUUCAGAAUCGUCUUCCCAAGAAGAUGACUGAUCCGGGUAGCUUUACUAUUCCAUGCUUGAUUGGUGAUCUAUCAGUCAGCAAUGCCUUGGCCGACCUGGGAGCUAGCAUAAAUUUGAUACCCUAUGCAGUGUUUGCUAAGCUCAAGCUAGGCGAGCCUUCUCCUACUCGUAUGAGUCUGCAGCUUGCGGAUCGGUCAGUGAAAUAUCCUCGAGGGAUUGUGGAGAAUAUGUUAGUGAAAGUCGACAAGUUUGUCUUCCCUGUUGACUUUGUGAUCUUAGACAUGGAUGAGGAUACUCAAAUUCCUUUGAUUCUUGGUCGACCAUUCCUAGCUACCGCGAGAGCAUUGAUUGAUGUUUAUGAUGGUAAGCUAACACUUCUCGUAGAGGAUGAUAUGGUCACCUUUGAUAUCAAUAGGUCGAUGACUCAUCCUAGAGAGCACGAUGAUACUCUCUACUUCGUUGACACCAUCAUGUCACAUGUGGGUCGUUGCUUGAGUAAGGUAGUUGAGAGGAAGGAGCUUGAGGAGAGGCCAUCUGUGGAGAGUCCCCCGUCCCUGGAGCUGAAAGAUUUACCAUCUCAUCUGGAGUAUGCCUUUCUGGAUGAGGGUUCUCAGUUACCUGUCAUCAUCUCUUCAGAGUUGACAGAGGAGGAGAAGACGAAGUUGAUGGGUGUGCUUAAGGCACACAAGCAGGCGAUCACAUGGAAGCUCGUUGACAUAAAGGGUAUCAACCCUUCGUUCUGCACACAUAAGAAUCUGAUGGAGGAUGAGUUUAAGCCCGUAGUUCAGCCGUAG